AUGUUUUUACCAAGGUUAGCUGGUAGAACGCUUCUUCCAACACAACGUCUCCUAUUCACCAACAAGUCAGCGAGAGCAUUCCUUAGUACAGAAACUAAAAAGGCCAUAGAAGGAGCCAUUGAAUCAGCUCCUGUCGUGUUAUUUAUGAAGGGAACACCUGAAUUCCCCAAAUGUGGAUUCUCGAGAGCCACAAUAGGUAUACUUGGAUAUGAAGGCAUAGAUCCAAAUAAAUUUAAAGCAUUUAAUGUGUUAGAUGAUGCAGAAUUACGAGAAGGGAUUAAAGAAUUUACUCAAUGGCCAACGAUUCCUCAAUUAUUUGUAAAUAAAGAAUUUAUUGGGGGUUGUGACGUCAUUGUAAGUAUGUCUAAAUCAGGUGAAUUAACUAGUGUAUUUGAAGAAGCAGAUGUUCUGGUACCAAAAGACCAACUUGACUAG